AUGUCGAGACCAGGGACCGCUGCAUCCAGCCAUGGAAAACCCAAACCAGCGAAGGGAAAAAAGCGAUCUGCCGCUGAAGCCUUUGCGCCAAAGUCGACGUCAGUCCAAGAUUCGCUUCAGGCACAUCGCAAGAACCCUUCAGUUGGGAAAACCGUAACUUUUACGGAUGGCCCCGAAAGGAAACGCUCGGAGAACGUGGCGACAACCCAACCAGCGUCACCCAAGUCUACCAAAAGGCCCAAUCUGAGAGAACGUGCUCACGCAUUGCUUUCCGUGCGGCAGAAGCUACCGAUAUACGAGCACGCAGAUGCGAUAAGACAGGCGUUACGCGACAGUGACGUGCUACUCCUGGUCGGAGAAACGGGUUCUGGAAAGUCGACGCAAAUCCCGCAGUUCCUGGUCAAUGAGGAAUGGUGCAAGAAGAAGACGACCAAAGGUGGCGCAAAGGUCGGAGGAUGCAUCGCCAUCACACAACCCCGGAGGGUUGCGGCCAUCUCAUUAGCUCGGCGCGUCGCUGAAGAGAUGGGAACCCCCCUUGGAAAUUCGAGCCCCGCUUCGCAGGUCGGAUACUCUGUCAGAUUCGAAAACAGCACGGGUCCAGCCACGAAGGUCAAGUUCCUCACCGAAGGCAUGCUUCUGCAAGAGAUGCUGCGGGACCCCUGGCUGAAAGAAUACUCUGCCGUUGUGGUCGAUGAAGUACAUGAGCGCGGCGUGAACGUCGACCUCGUGCUAGGGUUCUUGAGAAGACUCCACGAGCAGAGGAAUGCGGAUGACGGAAGGGGAGGCGUCAGCAUGAAGGUGGUCGUCAUGAGUGCCACCGCGGACAUGGAGAAGAUCCAAAGGUUCUUUGCUUUCGACCCACCCGACGUUCCGUCCAAGGGAGGCGACGACGAUAAGGCAGCCCUCGCCAAAGAGGCUAUUUCUACAGCUGCAAAGACCAGGACCAACGCGACGACACUCUUCAUAAAGGGCCGUCAAUACCCCGUCACCGUAAACUACACGCCCGCGCCUGUCCCGGACGUGAUAGACGCGGCCUUCGAACGCAUCAAGCACAUCCACACGCACUCUCCCCUCCCAGGGGACAUCCUCGUCUUCCUGACCGGGCAAGAAACAGUCGAAUCCCUCAUGAGCCUCGUGACGGCGUGGUCGACUUCCAUCGCCAAAGACGCAGCGCUGAGCAAGACGCACCUCCCCAAGCUUCUCGUCCUCCCGCUCUACGCGGCGCUCCCGUCCGCUGCGCAACAGCGCGUCUUCCAACACACUCCGAAGUUCACGCGCAAGAUCAUCCUGUCGACCAACAUCGCCGAAACGUCCAUCACGGUCCCUGGGAUCCGACACGUCAUCGACACCGGCAAAGCCAAACAGCGACUCUUCCGACCGUCCCUCAACCUCGACACGCUCCUGACUGUGCCCAUCUCACGCAGUUCGGCCAACCAACGCUCCGGCCGCGCCGGCCGCGACGCCCCCGGCACGGCGUACAGACUGUACACGCAGUCGGACUUCGCGACGCUCGCGCAGGACACGGAGCCGGAGGUCCUGCGCUGCGACCUCUCGCAGCUCGUCCUGACGCUGAAGGCCCACGGGAUCGACGACCUCGCGUCGUUCCCGUUUCUGACCACCCCGCCUCGGCGCGCCCUCGAACGCGCCCUCGUCCACCUCCUGCAGCUGUCCGCGCUGGACCCUCGCUCCGGCACCAUCACCCCGCUGGGUCGGGAGAUGAGUGUUCUCCCGUUGCCCGCCAGCCUCGGCCGGGUGCUCCUCGCGAGCGCCGAGCCGGACUACGCGUGCACGGACGAGAUAAUCGACAUCGUGUCGGCGUUGAGCGUGGAGAACAUCUUCCUCAACGUACACACCAACCGUGCUGCAGGUGGCGACUCUGGACCAAGAUCACCUUGGUCCUCCGCGACUCGCAAUCCAUCUGACGACUCGUUGACUCGCUUGUUAUCCAAGUCGAAUUCUCACACUUCGCGUACGGACGAUGAUGCCGACAGUGAUGACGACGAUGGCAAUUCCAUGUCCCGCUCGGCGAUCGUCUCUCAAAAUCGCGGCGCCCUCUACCGUCGCGAAGGAGACCACCUCACCCUCCUGGCGACGAUGCAGGCCUACGCCGCCGAAACGACGGACCGCCGCCGCUGGUGUGACGACCGGGCAAUUUCUCACCGCGCCAUGUCCGGGGCGAUGGACGUGCGGAAACAACUUGCGAACGUAAUGGAGAGGCGUCGUCGUCGUCGGCGGCGGAGCAGCAGUGACAGAAGGAAGUCGAAAUCCUCUGGUGCAUCUACGUCUACAUCUACAUCCGCCUCCCCCUCGGCUUCCACCCGCACCGGAACAACUGGUCCUGGUGUUACAGGUGCCGGUACUGUACAAGGUGCAGACGUUGUAGACGGUACAAGUGACACGGACCCACCGUCACCGUCACCACCACCACCACCACCGCACGACCCGACGACCCUACCUACACGGAUCCUCAAAACCCUCCUGACCGGAUUCCACACCAACGUCGCCAGACUCUCGAGUGACGGGUCUUAUCGUACCUUGAUCACCAAUCAACCGGUGGCGAUACACCCGAGCAGUGUUCUUUUUUCCGCCGCCGGUGGUGGUGGUGGUGGUGGUUCCGUCAUGGACGACGACGACGACGAUCAUCGUGACUCAUCCGCCACCAACGCCACGACGACGAUGACAAGAAACCCGAACAGGAAUAGACCUGACACCGUGGGAGGAGGAGGAGGAGGAGGAGGAGGAGGAGGAGGAGGAGGAAACCGUCGGAAGUACGAAGGCAUCAUGUACAACGAGUUCGUGUUCACGGGUACAAAGGCCUACGCCAGGGGCGUAUCUGCCGUUGAAAUGAGGUGGAUAGGUGAAGUUUUGAGGUCGUAG